CAAUACUAGGGCACGUCCUCUACCAAUAGCGCAGUCCCAUGCCACCGCCUCGGCCUCCACGAGCGGAUUGGGCGCGCUUGUGGCCAAUCUGCGGUGCUUGACGCAGCCAAUGUACGGUGCUUGAUGUGCCCGAUCUAAAGUGAAGGUCGCAGCCAAUCCGCCGCCCGCUCCUGCACCCAAUCUUCCAGCCGCCCGAGCACCCAAUCCCGCACAACCGGAGCGCGGUCAGAUGACCAUAAAUGGAUGCGGGGAGAUCAAGAGGAUGUACGGACCAGAGGAGAUGCGGGGCCUGGGAUGCGGGGGAGAAGGCGGACGCCGGAGCGCGGAUCUGCGGGGUAGGCUGGGGGAGCAGGGAGGGGAUAAGGGCUGGGGUAGGAUGGGGCAGGAGAGUAAGGGGAGGAUGGGGUAGGAGUAAGGGGGCAUAUUGGCGGAGUCAGAGGGGAGGACGUUAUAGUAUAGUAAUGGGGGAGGAUGUCAGAGGAGUCAGGGAGGAGGAGAACGGGCGAACAAAGCUGGGGAAAAGCGGAAAAAUCAUGCGGGGUACGGUCCGGGUAGGAGAUAGGCGUCUUGCAAGUCCACUGUCCAGGGCAAUCGUCGGUGCUUGGCCCUGUGCAAUUGUCGGCGCUUGAUUGUCGGAAG